GUAUCCAGAUGUAACAUUGUUAGCUCGAAUGGCUAGGUCCCGACAGGAAAAUAUAUUUACAUUUUGUGGAAAAAACAAACAAAAAACACGUUUGUUGAUUAUUUUUGAGACAAGGUUACAGCCUUCUUGAGGAUAUAUCAACUGCACAUAUCUUCUGGGUUUUGGUUAACACUAUUUACGGUCCGAAUUCAGCAAUACAAUAAUGUAAUUAGCGUUUAUUAGCAAACUGAAUGGACCGUGAGCCACCGUGGAGCUAAAGCAGCUAACAGUAGAGUCUUAAUCAGUGUUUCCAACAAGGGUUAUGGUGGCCCAGCUGAGGACCGAGAGACUGAGGAAAGUUACAGAGUGAACGCAGAACUACUGACCAAGUUCCAGACAGCAGAAAACAGAAGAUUCCGAUUAUAAGACUGAAACCAUGAAUGAGUAAAACAUGUGGAGGCGAGGAUUGUGAAAAGGCGAAUCCAAGGUGGAGCGAGGAUGACUGAGAUGAUGAAGGUUGAAGCAGAUGAACCUGGAGGGUUCAGCUUGGAGCACCCCGUACCUGCAGCAUCCACAUCAGAACUGGAGGAAAUACAAGACAGCAAAUAUCUCAUUUUACCUGUCUAUCAGACAAUGGCGAUUAAAGAAGAGGUUCCCAGUGAUUGGAGCUCCAAUUUGAACCAACAAAAUCCUCAAUCCUGCAUAAAGAAGGAAGAAGAAGAACUGUGGAUCAGUAAGGAGGAUGAGCAGCUUAAUGUGAAGACUGAAAAUGAAGAAAAGCCUCUGUUAUCAGAGCUUCAUGACAUUGAAACUGAAUAUUUUAGAGAGGCAGAAGCUCCAACCAGCAGCUCAGCCGAACAAAUGGAAAUACAAUCUGAAGAUGAGGACUGUGUACGACCAGAAUGGGACAAGAAUCCAGAAUGUUCCUCUGGAGAAAACAAAAUAACAGUUCACAAAAGAGGUAAACGACUCAAACUGUGUUCCAAAUCUAUGGCUCAGAUUGAAAUCCAUGGUGGAGAGAAGCCAUUUGGUUGCAGUAUUUGUGGCAAAAGAUUUAAAAGUAAGAAUCAUGUUAGGAUACACAUCAUGACUCACACUGGAAACAGAGAACAUAGCUGUGAUCUAUGUGGUAAAGGAUUUCUAGUGAAGGGUCAUCUUCACACUCACAUGAGACUCCACACUGGAGAAAGACCAUUUGCCUGUGAUGACUGUGGUAAACGAUUUCGAGCAAAGACAAACCUUAAAACUCACAUGAAGGUCCAUUCUAGAGACAAGCCUUUUUCUUGUGACGUUUGUGGAACAAAAUUUAAAAGAAAAGAAACACUUAAGAAACACAUUUGGAUCCACACCACAGAGAAACCCUUUGUCUGCAAUGUUUGCACAAGAGGAUUUUCACGACAAAAGAGUCUGAAAAGUCACAUGUAUCUUCACACAGGAGAGAAACCGUUUAUUUGUAGUAUUUGUAGUAAAGGAUUCGCAGUGCAGGAGAAUCUAAAGAGUCACAUGUGCGUUCACACUGGUGAGAAACCAUUUAUUUGUGGUGUUUGCAGUAAAGGAUUUCAUCGACAUGGAGAUCUAAAGAGACACAUGCGUGUUCAUACAGGAGAGAAGCCGUUUAUUUGUACUGUCUGCAGUAAAGGAUUUUCACAACAAAUUCAUUUAAAGAGCCACAUGCUUGUUCACACUGGAGAGAAACUAUUUAUUUGUAGUUUUUGCAGUAAAGGGUUUUCACAACCAGAAACUUUAAGGAGACACAUGCGUGUUCAUACAGGA